GUUUGAACGUCUUGGCGGGUGCCGGCCAUGGCUGCUUCGCUCCCGGGACCUGGGAGCCGGCUUUUCCGCACUUAUGGGGCUGCGGUCGGCAGGAGACAGCGGCGGCCGGGCCGGGAAGCCGCGCAGUGGUUCCCGCCGCAGGACCGGAGGCGUUUCUUCAACAGCAGCGGCAGCAGCAACACCAGCAUCGGCGACCCCUCGCAGUCCGACGAUCCUGACGAUCCCGACGACCCCGACUUCCCCGGCAGCCCGGUGGGGCGGCGGCGGAGGCGUCCCGGCGGCCGAGUCCCCAAGGACCGGCCCAGCCUGACCGUGACCCCAAAGCGCUGGAAGCUGCGAGCUCGCCCGAGCCUAACCGUGAGCCCAGGACGCCUGGGGCUGCGAGCUCGACCCCCGCAGAAAUGCAGCACACCCUGCGGCCCGCUCCGACUUCCGCCCUUCCUCAGCCGGGACCUCAGCGUGUGCGGCCAGCCCAGGGACGGCGACGAGCUGGGCAGCAGUGCCUCCCUGUUCAGCUCUCUGGCCUCUCCCGGCCCCGGCUCCCCAACGCCAAGGGACAGUGUCAUCUCCAUCGGCACCUCCGCCUCUCUGGUUGCAGCCUCAGCCGUCCCGAGCGGCCUCCACCUCCCGGAAGUCUCCCUGGACCGUGCAUCUCUCCCCUGCUCCCAGGAGGAAGCGACAGGAGGAGCCAGGCUCACCAAGAUGGUCCACCAAACCCGUGCCAGGCUCAGGUCAGCUCUCUUUGGCCUUAUGAACUCAGGAACCCCUGAGGAUUCUGAGUUUGGGGCAGAUGGGAAGAAUAUGAGGGAGUCCUGCUAUAAAAGGAAACUGGUGGGAAAUGGACCGGAGGGUCCAGGUCUGUCAAGCACAGGCAAGAGGAGGGCCACAGGCCAGGACUCUUGCCAAGAGAGAGGGCUUCAAGAGGCCGUCCGGAGAGAGCAUCAGGAGGCCAGUGUUUCCAAGGGCUGCAUUGUGCCAGGGGGAGUCGACAGGCUGGAGAGAACUAGAUCAAGCCGGAAGAGCAAACAUCAGGAGGCAACGGAAACCUCUCUCCUCCAUUCCCACCACUUUAAAAAGGGCCAAAAGAUGGGAAAAGAUUCGUUCCCCACCCAGGACCUGACUCCUUUACAGAAUGCCUGCUUUUGGACCAAAACCAGGGCUUCCUUCAGUUUCCACAAGAAGAAAAUUGUGACUGAUGUGUCAGAGGUCUGCAGCAUCUAUACAACUGCCACUUCUCUCUCUGGAUCCCUCCUAUCAGAAUGUUCAAACCGGCCUGUCAUGAACAGAACAAGUGGUGCUCUGUCCUCUUGGCAUUCCUCCUCUAUGUAUUUGCUAAGCCCCUUAAACACUCUAAGUAUUUCAAACAAAAAGGCAUCUGAUGCUGAAAAGGUUUAUGGGGAAUGCAGUCAGAAGGGUCCUGUCCCCUUUAGCCAUUGCCUUCCCACAGAAAAACUACAACGCUGUGAGAAGAUUGGGGAAGGGGUGUUUGGCGAAGUGUUUCAAACGAUUGCUGAUCACACACCUGUAGCCAUAAAAAUCAUUGCUAUUGAAGGACCAGAUUUAGUCAAUGGAUCCCAUCAGAAAACCUUUGAGGAAAUCCUGCCAGAGAUCAUCAUCUCCAAAGAGUUGAGCCUCUUAUCCAGUGAAGUGUGCAACCGCACAGAAGGCUUUAUCGGGCUGAACGCAGUGCACUGUGUCCAGGGAUCUUACCCUCCCUUGCUCCUCAAAGCCUGGGAUCACUAUAAUUCAACCAAAGGCUCUGCAAAUGACCGGCCUGAUUUUUUUAAAGACGACCAGCUCUUCAUUGUGAUGGAAUUUGAGUUUGGAGGGAUUGACUUAGAGCAAAUGAGAACCAAGUUGUCUUCCUUGGCUACUGCAAAGAGCAUUCUACACCAGCUCACAGCCUCCCUCGCAGUGGCAGAGGCAUCACUGCGCUUUGAGCACCGAGACUUACACUGGGGGAAUGUGCUCUUAAAGAAAACCAGCCUCAAAGAACUCCACUACACCCUCCAUGGGAAGAGCAGCACUAUCCCCAGCCGCGGGCUGCAAGUGAGCAUCAUUGACUACACCCUGUCGCGCUUGGAACGGGAUGGGAUUGUGGUUUUCUGUGACGUUUCCAUGGAUGAGGACCUGUUUACCGGUGAUGGUGACUACCAGUUUGACAUCUACAGGCUCAUGAAGAAGGAGAAUAACAACCGCUGGGGUGAAUAUCACCCUUAUAGUAAUGUGCUCUGGCUGCAUUACCUGACAGACAAGAUUCUGAAACAAAUGACCUUCAAGACUAAAUGUAACACUCCUGCCAUGAAGCAAAUUAAGAGAAAGAUCCAGGAGUUCCACAGGACAAUGCUGAACUUCAGCUCUGCCACUGACUUGCUCUGCCAGCACAGUCUAUUUAAGUAAGCUAAAUGUAUCUUACGGCCCCGAAAUGAGAGGAGACUGGUCUAGAAGCCUCUGGUGCUGUUUCAAGCUCUGUCCCCACAGCAGGGUGGAACUCCCAUUCUCACAGGUUUCCAGUCAGCUUUUCAAACAAGAAUUUUGUUUCCAAAUGGAAACUGAAAUAUUUGUUGAAAUGUUUAAAUUUGCUGAUAGCAAAUGUUCUGAAAGAAGUAAACUAGCCGGGUGCAGUGGUGUGCGCCUGUAGUCCCAACUACUCGGGAGGCUGAGGCAGGAGGAUCGCUUGAGCCCAGGAGUUCAUAUCUAGCCUGGUCAGCAUAGCAAGACCCCUGUCUCUAUUUUUUAAAAUAAAUAAACUACAUAUGAAAACAAA